AUGAAAAUUAACUCUGAAUUAAUAUAGGGAUCACAUCACUUUAUUAAUCCAUUAAAUGAAAGACAGCUUGAUCUACGAGGUAUUGAAAUAUUAAUAUAAAUGUUUUAGCAAAGAAAAUUACAGCCAUAGAAAAUUUAGGAGCUACAUUGGUAUCAAGAUUCUUUUAUGUAGGAUUUUUUUGAUCACAUUGAUUUAGGUGAUAAUGAUAUCAAAAAGCUUGGAAAUCUCACAUUAUUAAAGAGGUAUUAUUAUUUUAUUAUAUUAAUUUUAGACUUAAGACUCUGAAUUUAUCUAAUAAUAGAAUAAUUAAAUUGACAGAUGUAUCUGAUUCAUUACCUAAUAUUGAAAAUUUAAUCUUAAUGAAUAAUAGAUUAACUGAUAUUAAUGAAUUAUAUCAAUUAAAACAUUGUAAAAAGCUUAAACGAUUAAUUUUACAUGGAAAUCUAAUAACUUAAUAACCUGAUUAUAGAUAUAAAGUUAUUGCAAUUUUACCUAAUUUAAAAAUUCUUGAUUUCAAUAAAGUUACACAUUAAGUAAUAAAAUUAUUAAAUUCAAUUUAGGAACGUCAAAAAGCUGAAGAAUCUUUCAAACCUGAUGAAUUGACAGAUUAUAUGAAUUUGAUUAAUUUGAAAGAUGCUACUUUAGACAAAGAACACAUAAAAAAAUUAUUAGAGAAUGCUAAAACAUUUGAUUAAAUAAACUAAUUAGAAAUGUUGCUUAAAUAAUAAUAGGUUAAAAAUUUAUCUAUUCUUAAUGAGUAAUGA